AUGUUAUCUGUACAAAAAAAAUAUUCAAGGCUUUUCAGGCCGUGGGAUGUGAGUGAUAAUAAAAGUACUGAAAAACCUGAAACAAGUGAAAAAAAUGUUACCAAGGAGGCGGAACUUAAAAAAAUAAAAGAAGAGAAACGGGAAAAUCGCUUAAGAAAAAUUCGUGGUGCUUUCAAAAAGAAUGAUAAUAAUAAUUACCAAGAUGCGACUGUAUCUACGACGACGUUAGAUAAUGAUGACGAUAAAAAAGUCAACAUGAACCCUAUUCAUGAGCCUUUAGACGUUUCCAAUUCCCCAGUUGCAAGUCUAAGUUUAUGUUGUGACCGAUUGUUACAAGAACCAGAGAAAGUAAAAAGCGAAGUACGUCAAAAUAUUGUCAAGACACCCGUAGAAAAUGUACAAACUCAAAUCACAUUAGCACCGAGCAUCGUGCCGCCAAACAUCUACAACCAAGGUUUUAUACCUGAUUACUUAUCUGCAGAUAUCGCACAAACGUUAGGUAUACCGCCAACUGAUCCUCUCCUCUUAGAAUCUUUAGCUCAAGGCUAUGCAAUGGAAUUGGAAUACGCGAGAAUAUUACAGCAAGAAAACGAAGCUAAGCUAUUGAACGCGAGAAAGCAAAGACCAAAAAAGUAUAAAUGUCCACAUUGCAACGUCGGUUUUUCCAACAACGGCCAGUUGAAAGGACAUAUACGAAUCCAUACUGGCGAGAGGCCAUUUAAAUGCGAAGAGAAGAACUGUGGUAAGACGUUCACGAGGAACGAAGAGUUGACAAGGCAUAGACGGAUACAUUCAGGAGUUCGUCCGUAUCCAUGUCCUACUUGCGGGAAAAAGUUUGGCAGGCGAGAUCAUUUAAAGAAACAUACGAGAACACAUUACCUCCAUGCUGAAAGAAUGAUGCCCGUCUUCGUCCCUCUAUCUGCAGUUCCUCAUGUUAACGGCUUCCCUUAUUUGUACGGAUAUUAG